AUGGCACAACAAGGUGAAGCAGCCGACUACUACAGCAGUCAAAACCUGACGGGCAAUCAAUAUCAACGGCAAAGCUAUCAACAGUAUCCUCCUUCCCAAGCCGCUCCUCCUCAAGGCUAUCAGCAGCAAUAUGAGCAGCCAUAUCAACCACCACCACAACCUUAUCAACCUCAAGAGCCAAAGUACACUCAGCAGCCUCCUACCUACGGUGACAAUUUCGUCCCCCCACAAGACAAUAAACAGAGCUUUCAGGAGACAUUCAAGAUUCAGAAACCUAAAUUCAAUGAUCUGUGGGCGGGGCUCUUGCUCACUGCAACGUUCUUCGGAUUUGUCGCAGUCUCUGGACUUACCCUUUAUCGAUAUUCAAAGUACCAUACCUUUAAUGGCGGAGGCAUAUAUGGAUCGGACAACGACUUCUCUCUGAAUACAAACACUAUCAUUCUCUUCGCCUUUGUCCUAUGCGUCGGACUCGCUGUCUCCUGGGCAUACUUUCUCGCCGCUCGUGCUUUUACGAAGCAAUUUGUGUGGUUGACGGGAAUCCUCAAUUGUGCGCUGGCUGUCGGGACUGCCGUGUACUAUCUGUACCGUCGCUUGUGGAGCGCAGGCAUUGUUUUUGCCAUCUUUGCCAUCUUUGCCAUCAUCUGCUUCAUCAGCUGGAUCCCUCGUAUUCCUUUCGCAGUUGUCAUGCUUCAACAAACCAUGGACAUCGCAAGGAUGAAAAGAGUUCACGUUUUCCUUGUCAGCUUCGUUGGCGGCGUUGCCAGUGUGGCCUUUGCAGCAUGGUUCUCUGUGACGCUCGUUGCAAUCUACGUUGCAUAUAUGCCCAGUGACGCGAACAGCAAUGCUAAUCCUGCAUGCGCCGAUGGUGGCUGUUCGAGUGGUAAAGUGAUUGGCCUGGUGGUGUUUGUUACCUUUGCUGGCUAUUGGAUUUCCGAGUGGAUCAAGAACACAAUUCACACAGUCGUUGCUGGCGUAUACGGGAGCUGGUAUUUCUGUGCAGGCAGACCAGGUGGUAUCCCUCGAGGUGCCACUGCCGGGGCCUUGAGGAGAGCAACGACCUACUCUUUUGGAUCAAUAUCCUUCGGAAGCCUUAUCGUCGCACUCAUCAACAUGUUGCGUCAAGCUUGCAGCAUUGCACAGCGACAGGAGGCCUCCGAUGGGAAUAUCAUUGGCACCAUCAUGUUCUGUAUUCUCGGCUGCAUUGUCAGCAUCUUAAACUGGCUGGUGGAGUUCAUCAACCGAUACGCAUUCUCUCAUAUUGCUCUUUACGGCAAGGCCUAUAUUCCCGCGGCCAAAGACACCUGGAAAAUGAUGAAGGACCGAGGAAUCGAUGCUCUGGUCAACGACUGCCUGGUCGGUCCAGUCCUCACUAUGGGAUCCAUAUUUGUGGCCUACCUUUGCGCUCUCCUGGCUUAUCUCUAUCUCGAGUUCACUCACCCUGCAUACAAUGAAGGCCGAACAUUUACCCCUGUCAUAAUGGCUUUCGCCUUCCUUAUUGGGCUACAAAUCUGCCAGACUUUCAUGACCCCGAUUGGAUCUGGAGUCGACACCAUUUUUGUGGCCAUGGCCUGGGACCCCCAAGUAGCCAUGACGGAUCAUCGCGAAUUCUGGGAGAGGCUUGUGCACGUCUAUCCUCACGUCCAGCAAGUUAUCCAUGUGUAA